GCUCCUUUGGCUCUCCGAUUGGACAGCUCGGAGGAGGUGUGGCCGGAAAGCGCGAGUCUGAUUGGCUGGGCGUAACAGAAGUCGUGCGGCGAACAUGGCGGAGCGCGUGAGGAAGCGGCCCUGCGGCCCGUGUGAACACGGGCAGAGAGUCGAGUGGCGAAAAUGGAAGCAACAGAAGAAAGAGGAGAAAAAGAAGUGGAAGGAUCUCAAGCUGAUGAAAAAACUGGAGCGGCAGCAGGCACAGGAGGAACAGGCAAAGCGCCAGCAGGAGGAGGAGGCAGCUGCAGAGAGGGAGGACCGGGGGCGGCCCUACACCCUGAGCGUGGCCCUGCCGGGCUCCAUUCUGGACAAUGCCCAGUCGCCAGAGCUUCGCACCUACCUGGCCGGCCAGAUCGCCAGAGCCUGCGCCAUCUUCUGUGUGGAUGAGAUUGUGGUGUUCGAUGAAGAGGGCCAAGAUGCCAAGACUGUGGAGGGAGAAUUCAGGGGAGUCGGCAAGAAGGGGCAGGCGUGCGUGCAGCUGGCCCGGAUCCUGCAGUACCUGGAGUGUCCACAGUACCUGAGAAAGGCGUUCUUCCCCAAACACCAGGAUCUACAGUUUGCAGGGCUCCUGAACCCAUUGGACAGCCCUCACCACAUGCGUCAGGAUGAGGAAUCUGAGUUCCGAGAGGGCGUCGUAGUGGACCGGCCCACCCGGCCAGGCCAGGGCUCCUUUGUCAACUGCGGCAUGAAGAAGGAGGUGAAGAUUGACAAGAACUUGGAGCCCGGCCUCCGGGUGACGGUGCGACUGAACCAGAAGCAGCUCCCAGAAAGCAAGACCUACCGUGGAAAAGUCGUGUCAUCACAGGACCCUCGCACCAAAGCUGGUCUCUACUGGGGCUACACGGUCCGACUGGCCUCUUGCCUCAGUGCUGUGUUUGCUGAGGCCCCCUUCCAGGACGGGUAUGACCUGACCAUUGGGACGUCAGAGCGAGGCUCAAAUGUGGCCUCCGCCCAGCUUCCCAGCUUUAGGCACGCUCUCGUGGUGUUCGGGGGCCUCCAGGGGCUGGAAGCUGGAGUGGACGCCGACCCCAACCUGGAGGUGGCCGAGCCCAGUGUCCUCUUCGAUCUGUACGUCAACACCUGUCCCGGCCAGGGCAGCCGCACCAUCCGCACGGAGGAAGCCAUCCUCAUCUCCCUGGCUGCCUUGCAGCCUGGCCUCACCCAGGCGGGUGCCCGGCCCAGUGAAAGGUCCUGCCAGACCCAGGACAGUGAAGAAGCAGCGGUGAAGCCAGAGGUUCCUGCGCGUCACCUGGGACAGACAGCCAAGACUUGUCUCCAAAAAUAACCACCUUUAAUACAAGCCAUCCCCCAGUCUGGCUGGGCUGCCGCCCUCACUUGCUGCCUGCAGUGAUGGUCUUCAGGCUGCCUGCCCGCGCCAGGAUAUUUGGCACAAAGAGCAGCCCUGAGGCCCGCUCAAUGCUCUCGAUGGGCACCAGGAAGCGCUCCAGCGGGAUGGCCUCGUCCACAGGGGCGUUGGGCAUCACAUAGGAGCGGAGUUCGAUUUGCCCGCCCACCGCCUCCAGGAUCAGCACCUUGAAGAAAUGGGUGGGCACUGCCACAUGGUUCUUGCCGAUUACCUGGUACUUCACAUAGGACUUCCCAUCAGCUUCCAUCCUGCGGGCAGAACCAGGCACACAUGGCCUUUCAGGGCUCCCAGGGGGUCUGGUUGGAUCCAAGGCCACCAUUUCCAGGAAGCCUUCCCUGACCUCCAACUUUUGUCAGCCUGCAUGACUGGUCCUUCCGCAUGAGGCGUCUGUGCCCUGCUUGGCUCCCCCAGGAAGCUGGGAGCUCCCCACAGGGUAGAGAUUCACUUUCACCCUGUCUUCCUCAUGCCCAGCACUGGGUGAAGCAGGGUGGCUGGUGGCAAUAAAUGCUGCUGAAGGAAUC